GCAUUUUAUUAGAAAAUUGACGUUAAAAAAUUUCAGAGUUAUCAGUUCUGGACUAGAACAGACCGAUUUGGAAAUUUCGAAAUAAAAGGAGUAAUAGAAGGGAACUACAGUUUGUAUGCUUGGGUUCCUGGAAUAUUAGGAGAUUACAAAUAUGAUCCUGAAGUUGUCUUACGCCCAGGUUAAUUAUAGAUAACUUCACACUUUAAAAUCUAAAAUUUCCCAACUGAAUUCUUUGUUUAAGAAAAUUGGGUUUUAUUUUAUUUUUUGGUUUUUUUUUUUUUGGGUAUGAAUGCAGGAUCAAAGAUUAAUUUAGGUAGAUUAGUGUAUAGGCCUCACAGAAAUGGUAGUACGAUAUGGGAGAUAGGCAUUCCGGAUCGCAAAGCUUCGGAAUUUUACGUCCCGAGCUCUAGGUUUAAGGCUACAAAGUAUCAUCAAUAUAGCAACAAAGUCGGUGUGGGCAGCUUCUACACUGAUAGAUUCAGGCAAUACGGAUUAUGGAAGCGUUACAGAGAUUUGUACCCACUUAGUGAUUUGGUGUAUACAAUUGGAAAAAGCAAUCAUAGAAGAGAUUGGUUUUUUGCUCAUGUUCCCAGGUGCAGCAAUGCCUAUCGUCGUAAUAAGAAAUGCUUUCCAACGACAUGGCAAAUUAUAUUCAAUCUCCACAACUUGAGAAGCAAUGCAACCUACACUCUCCAUUUGGCACUUGCAUCAGCAAAUUAUGCCCAGCUUGAAGUCCGAUUUAAUAAUAGAAAUUCAACACCACCACACUUCAAUACAGGACUGAUCGGAAGGGACAAUGCGGUAGCAAGACAUGGCACCCAUGGAAUAUAUAGGCUUUAUAGCGUCAACGUGACCGGAGAUUUGCUGGUCAACGGAAGAAACACAGUGUACCUAAAGCAAAGUAGAGCAACCGACCCUUUUAGAGAAAUCAUGUACGAUUACAUCCGGUUUGAAGCACCAGGGUCUUCUUGAUAUGACAUAUAGCAUCUGAUGUAAUUUUUUUUUUAAUUUUAAUAUUAGUU